AUGCCGUCAGUCACCUUCUCACAAACCCCCGGGCCACUGGGAGAACUCUUCACAUCGUUCGGGGUAUCGCAUGCUGCCAAAAUUCCCUUGUCGGGUAGUUUGGUCGUCACCUCGGGGCAGCCUGGGUUCGACCUUCAAACGGGCGAACUCGUCACGACCUCUCUCCGAGACGAGAUUGAAGCCUGUUUCAAUUGCGUGGAUGCCGCUCUCAAAGCCUCCGAUGUCAAACUUGGUCUCGCUGGAGUGCACAAAUUCACCUGCUUUCUCACCGAUGUUCGCCAUGACGCUUUGAUGAUGGAAAUCUGGAACGCUAGGAUGCCGGAUCACCAUCCUACCUGGGCGACUGUGGGUAUUUCCGCCCUCGCCAUCCCCGGGAUGCACAUUGAGCUACAGGCAGAAGCAAUCAUCCUCGAAUAG